CACCUUCCCGAAUUGCCCUUUUGCUUGCAGCCAGCAUUUUAAAACCCUAAAUUUCGCAACUACUGUAUUAUUCUCUAUCUGAAUCGUCUGAACUCCGCGCUCCGGUCCAUCGCAAGAAUGAGUCGCUCUAGCAGAACUCUCUAUGUUGGCAACCUUCCUGGGGACGUUCGUGAGCGCGAGGUGGAGGAUCUUUUUUACAAGUAUGGACCAAUUGUGCAUAUUGAUCUUAAAAUCCCCCCAAGGCCUCCAGGCUAUGCUUUUGUUGAGUUUGAAGAGUCAAGGGAUGCUGAAGAUGCCAUACGAGGGCGUGAUGGCUAUGAUUUUGAUGGGCAUCGCCUACGGGUUGAGCUAGCACAUGGUGGGCGUGGUAACUCAUCAUCGGCAGAUCGUCAUACUGGAAGUCGUGGUCCCCGAGGAGGAGUUUCUAGGCGCUCAGAAUAUAGAGUUUUAAUCACCGGCUUGCCUCAGUCAGCUUCAUGGCAAGAUCUUAAGGAUCAUAUGCGUCGAGCUGGAGACGUUUGCUUCUCACAAGUUUUCCACGAGGGGAGUGGAAAGACAGGGAUAGUAGACUACACAAAUUUUGAUGACAUGAAAUAUGCUAUCAAGAAGCUCGAUGGUUCUGAGUUUCGGAAUGCUUUCUCACGGGGAAGAGUGCAUGUGAAAGAAUAUGAUUCCAGUCGCUCUAGAAGCCGCAGCCGCAGUCGUAGUCGCAGUCCGGCCUACUCAAAAGGAAGGAGCAAUGGUCGAAGCAAGAGCAAAAGCCCAAGUGUUAGCCGUAGCAGGAGCAGAAGGUUCAAUACAAGUGCAAGUCCCAAAAAACGGGGUUUAAGCAGAAGCCUUAGCCGUAGCAAGAGCCCAAGCCAGAGCCGAAGCAGGAGCCGUUCCAGGUGAAUUAGUAAUUUGAUGGGGAAUUAAUGCUGCAGUGCUUUUGCUAGUUAAUCCUGCACUAGAAUUUGCAGUAAAUCAAGAGAAACUACAAUGUGUUAUGACUGAUUAUCAAAUUUCUAAAUCUCUCGUGUUGUUUGAAGAAAAUUUUCUGUUUCUGCAAGACCGAAGAACCUAUGUUUUUUUUUUUUAAUUUUUGCAAAUUGUAGCUAUAUCGUAUGUACUAUUGUUGUUGAUGACUUCAAUUAUAACUUACGAGCCCUUGGUUCUC